AUGAAGAAUAGGCCAAGAGUUGAUCAAGUUAAAUCUACUGGGAUUGCCUUUGGACCUGCGUAUCAGAUAUUUUUGAGUUUUGGUUACACCAUCUAUCUAUGUACGAACCUCCUUAAAAUGCAGCUUCCAGCGGGGGUGGAUAAUGCAGAGAUUGAAGAACGCAUCAUUCAGCACUUGGCUGCUUCAAUGGGCCGUGCAAGACAUGGGACAAGAAGGGAAGGCCACAGAAGCAGGUCAUCAACUCAAGGUGGUCAUCCACAGUUCAUGAUGUUCUCUCCCCCUCCUCCUUUUCCUCCUCCCAUGCUUUCCUCUCCAUCUCAGAGAGAUGAGACUGACACAGUCACAAACCUUCGCCACAAUACUGUAUGGGAGGGUUCUCUUCAUUCAAACAUGCAGCCACCAGCUUCUUCUCAUCCCCACCAGGGUUCUCCUUCGGCAUCUGAUUCAAAUCGCAGCCAAUAUCAGCCUUCCUUUCUUUUAGCAUACACAGGUCUCCUACUCCUAAUCAAUCUUCCCAAAGUGAUCAAGAUAGAGCUGGACCAUCCGAACUCCAAUCAUUUUCAGAAUCUUUGA